CCUCGGUCUACUCUGAAUUUUCUUUCGAUUGACCCAAGCCAAACAAAGUUCUGAGAUCGAUAUAAGAUCUUCCUUCCUCCCGCACUUUUCGAGUCAGAUCCUUGAUCAUCAUCAUCACUACCUACAACAACAACACUACUACACUUGCACUACACCACUACUACCAACGGCCUCACCACCACCACACACUGGCGGCUCAACUUACAUCUCUCCCUCUCCCCUCCCACAACCACCACACAUCACCAGUCACAAUGACGAGGUCACCUUCUGCCGAGCCUUCUCCACGGCCUUCCAAGCGCAAGGGCGCCCGCAGCGUUUCCACCCUCACACCAUCACAGCUUGCCCGCAAGCGCGCCAACGACCGCGAGGCCCAGCGAGCCAUCCGCGCACGCACCAAGGAGCACAUUGAGAACCUGGAGCGCCAGCUCGAGGAGCUCAAGAGCAGCCAGAGCCGCGACCGCACCGUCCAGGAGCUGAUGCGCCGCAACCGCGCCCUCGAGGACGAGCUCGCCCGCCUGCGCGAAUCCAUGGGCAUGCCUCCCGCCGUCACAUCUCCUUACUCUACAAAUGCCGUCUCCUUUGACGACAACCACAGCGCCGGCAGCGGCACCGUCCCCUCGCCCAACAUGUCGCCCUCUACCGACUAUCAUCACUACCAGCAACAGUCUGGAUCUUCGCAGUACGCUGCCAGCAUGACCACGGGCGACGGCUGGGCCGCAGGCACCAUGCCCUCCAACGUCUCGAGCCCUUCAUCGGCCAGCAACACCCCCGACGAGUACGUUGCCGGCUACAUCCCCACCAGCGUGCCGACAACGCUGAUGCCCUCGGCAGGCAGUUUGCAUUCUCUCGAUAUGAACGCCGCUAUGCACACCAUGUCUUCCCAGUACAAUAUGGCGGGCCCCCAUUCGCCCCCUCACCACCAACAUCAGCACCAUCAGCAGCAGCAGCAGCACAGCGAUUGGGGUAUGUACGACAUGUACUACCCCGCGCAGAUGCACACCAAGGGUAACGACUUUCCUACCGCCGUUUGCAUGACGCGAUGAAGAUGAAAUGCCAACAUUGUUUUUUUAAGGGCGAUGAAUGAAUUAGAGAGAAGAGAAUACACACGCGACGCAUGAGAGAGCACUCCACGUGCGCUUUGUCCCCCAACAGAAAGAAAACGUUUGUUGUGUGCGCUUUGCUCAAGCAGUGCAAAAGACGACUACGUCCAACAUAUUUAGGGGGGACACUACGAAGCAGAUCGGCAGCAGCAGCAGCAGCAGCAAGAUUCGCAACUUGUUUUUUUUUUUUUUUGAGAUUUCUGUUCUUCUUCCCUGUCUUUGGGGGAGAAGAAAACCGGCGCAACAAAGGAGAAACAUAGACACGCACAGAUGAAUUCACAGGGCAUGGGAACCGCGAGAGAGCGAAUAGACUGCUUCACUUUUUUCUUCAAUUGAGUUUUUAUCAAUAUGGAAUUGUACAAUAACGAGAGCCUAGGAGAGGCAGGGGAACACUGGUGUAUACGGGACGGUUAUCUGCUUUUUUUUUUUACUAUUACCACUUUAUAGACUACAAACUUUUGAUACCACC